AUGCCAAUGGGCGUUCUUCUCCGCUCAGUAGCUCUCACAACCAUCAUGUCCAAUCGUUUCCUCCUCCAGCCAUCACUCGCAUUCAUCUCGCUCUUGACACAAACCAACUCAUCUUUCCUCAAUCCCGAUAAGAAUCCACUACUGGGUCGGGUUCUUCAGUGGACCAUCUACGACCACUUCUGUGCUGGAAAUAGCACUCCUGAGGUUUCAAAUACUGUCAAGUACAUCAAAAAGCUAGGCUUCCAUGGUAUUAUACUUGGGUAUUCCAAGGAUGUUGUCUUGGAUCCUAAUGUCAAAUUUCCCGAGACUGGAGUGGAAGAUUAUCCGGUUGAGUGUUAUAAUAUGAUUGAUGAGUGGAAGCGAGGAAAUAUUGAGACGUUGAAUAUGAUUGAAGCUGGAGACUUGCUGGCUGUGAAGGUUACGGGCGCCGGUCCUAUCGCAGUAGACGCUCUACAAGCUGGACGACAGAUGAACAAAUAUCUGCACCAAGCUUUAAACGACAUUUGCAUCGAAACACGCAAACGAGGAUGUCAACUAUGGAUAGACGCAGAACAACAAAUCAUGCAACCAACCCUCGACGACUGGACCAUAAUCCUGAUGCGCGAGCACAACCGGGAUGGAAAUGCCCUCGUCUACAACACCAUUCAAGCCUACCUCAAGGGAGCCCGGAAGAAUGCUCAGCGCCAUAUCCAACUGGCAGCCGAAGGAGGUUGGACUGUCGGUAUAAAGCUAGUCCGAGGCGCAUAUAUCGAGAAUGAAAUCCGAUCUUUGAUCCAUGAUACGAAGGAAGAUACGGACAAGUCCUACAACGAUAUAGCCGACAUGUUGAUCUCUCAACGCCCUCCCACAAACCUCAAGUUUCCUAGCGCAGCACUCGUCCUCGCGACUCACAACGCCGAAAGUGCGACCAAAGCCCUCACAACUCAUCGCAAGCGUCUGGAAGCUGGUCUUCCCACUACACCAAUGAAAUGUGCUCAAAUCAUGGGCAUGGCGGAUGAACUAAGUGGAAAGCUGCUGCAAGAUUAUGAAAAGGCCGUGAAAGAGGGUCGCGCUACGGAUAAGACGCCUAAGAUCUAUAAGUGUUUGCCUUGGGGGUCUGUGCAGGAGUGUAUUAAUUAUUUGUAUCGACGGGCGGUGGAGAAUAGAGGUGCUGUUGAGAGGACGAGACAUAUGGCUGUUGCUAUGAGACAGGAGCUUUGGAGGAGACUUGUUGGGUAG